GUUAUUUUUCACGGCAUGUGCAGUGUCCUACUUUUUGGCACGAUUUGGUAUAUUCCUCUGCCUCAUUUUUGAAUUGUUUGACGCUAACACAAGUGGAAAAAGUUCAAUAUGUGUUCCAUCAACGAAGAAAAUUUACCCACCGAUACCAUGGUUGCAACUCCAAAAUUACUUUUUAAGGAUGCUUUGUGCCGCAAAUGUCGUAUUUUAAAGGCCCAGGUUCUUCUUCGUAAAACAGACCCAUAUUGCCGGGACUGCUUCAUGAAAUAUGCUGUCCAUAAAUUCCGUUCAACCAUUGGAAAAGCUCGUAUACUCCAGCACAACGACCAGGUUUUGUUAGCAUAUUCUGGUGGGUUGUCUAGUGGGUCUAUGGUACACCUUAUCAAGCAAGGUUUAGAACCAUCAGAUUCCAACAAAAUGAAAUUGGUUAUCAAACCCAGUUUGUUGUACAUAGAUGAAGGUGGAAUUUUAAAUCUUUCUAAGGAAGAAAGAAAGGCAAGUAUAGAUUUUGUCCUUGAAUACGCUAAAAGAAACUGCCUGGACGUUUACAUUUGUAGCCUGGAAUACAGCUUGGCGACGGACGUCAGUGAUGUGAAGCUACAGAUGAAUUCUUACGAAGUUGAACCUUCGGUUUACGCAAACCAAUUUGAAAAACUUUUUAGUUCCGUAAAAAGCCUUACGGCAAAGGAAGAUUUGCUUCUACGUUUGAAACAGCGUCUGAUUACGCUUAUUGCUACGCAUUUAAAUUACUCUAAAGUAUUUUUGGGUCCCAAUGCUACUAGAUUGGCUGGUCAGCUAUUAUCCGCUGUCGGUCAAGGAAGAGGGGCACAAAUUGCUCAAGAAAUUGGAUUUGCCGAUACACGCACAGGUGUAGUUUUCCUGCGACCCAUGCGCGAGUUUGUCGAUAAAGAAGUUGCCUAUUUAGCAAACUUUUUGGAGAUUGAUUCUCUGUGUUUACCAACAUUGUCAUCAAAGUUAGGUCCGACAGCCAGUAUUGGGCGAUUAACCGAAGAGUUUGUAGUUACAUUACAAGCAAAUUUUCCUGCUACGAUAUCAACUUUGUUUCGUACCAGCGACAAACUCAAAUCAAACGUCGUGGUCGACAAGAGUUCUUCCGAGUUUAAAGACGACUCCCGUUGUUUGUUAUGCCUCUCAGCUAUUGAAGAGUCAACUCUCUGUAGUGCAUCCACCGCUCGAAGCAUUUCGCAGACUAUUUCGCGAAGUGGACCAAGUGGUUUAAAAGAUCUUGAAGCUGAGCCACGUAGCACCAACGCUCAACUGCAGUUAACAUCUUGUAAUGCUAACUGCAGUAAUCCAGGAAAAAAAUGCUGCAAAACAAUGGAUGCCGGAACAAUGGAAGAUUGGAGUGUCGUUCUUUGUUAUGGAUGUAGAGUCACAAUGGAAGAUGUAAAAACGCCUCAACUUGUGCCGAUAAACCUUCAAGAAGAGCUUCGACUGCGAUCCCGUCGCCAAAUGAUGAGGCAAUCAGUAGAGCAGUUUUUGUUGUAGUUAUCAACAACAUGGUUUUAAUACAUUUGCCGUUCUGCUGUA